AGGCUAUGUAGAUUGGGUAGAUUGUCGACAAUGUGUCGCACGAGCCCAUGACUCGUGCAUCCAAUACAGAAAUGACGGUAAGCCGUGGCUGUUCCCCUUGUGCCGGGUUGACAAGAUGCCGACCGAGGCUCGCUUUUUGGAUGCCACGUCAGAAGAGCUGGAAAAGACCCGGAAGUUUAGAAGGGAUGAGGGACGAAGACCAUCACGAGUGGAGCGAGUACUUGGAGUGGCUGAUUAUCCAGACCUGGAGACGGACGUGGAAGGCUAUCUUCUUGGAUUCCUGUUCGGAUCGGUGCGACCCAGCCAUCACCAGCUAAUCGUCCUAGAGCUUACGAUCCCACUCGCGCAGCUAGCCGACGAUCUUCCCCUCAAGAUCGUCUUGCAAAGUGACGAGAGCCGGGUCCCGCACGUUCUUACACGGACCUUGGCGCCAUAUCCUCAGUGGUCAGCGUGCCUGGAGGAACCGGGAAAUGACUGCAACCUGCCAUCAUGGUUGGAUUAUCUGAACCCACGAGAGAUCAUCGAUCCUGCCUACUUCCGGGAUCGAACGACCACCGAGUACGAGGCGAUAGCAGAAGAAGAAGAAGAAGAAGAGGAGGGCGACGAGGAAGAAACUCCCGAAGAGGGGAGUUACAGCGAGCACAACGAAGGUGAGCAAAGUGAGGAGGAGGAAGAAGAACAAGACGAUCAGGAGGAGCUAGAAGCGUCAGAGUGGGAAGGAUUUGAGGAGGAAGUGAGUGUGGAGGAACUCAAGCGAACGGAAGCGGAGCAGGCGGAAGACCCCGAGGCGGCGCGCAAGAGAGAAGAGAUCGUGGCCAGAAAGCGGCAGCUGGAAUUCGCCAGCGAAGUCAAUCCGCUGACCACCAACGAUCCGGCCCGAGAUCCAGAGCCGCCUAAGCCCGAGGAUGGGGACCCGACUGCUGAGACUUUGACUGCACCGACAAGGCGAAGACGAAGCCGAUCCCCCUACCCCUCCACCACCGACCGUCCACCAGUUUGAGCCCGUACUGAUGCGGGGCAUCGGGCUUCGUCCCCGGUCGU